GGAGCUCUGCUGUGGCUCCUUCCACCCUUCCUUCCAGCACAACCCUCCUCCUUAGAUCCUCUGCAGGCGAAGCCAUGAGAUCACUGGUAGCUCCAGCGCUCCUGGGUCUGAUCCUGGGAUGCAUAGCAAAGGCAGCUGUACUCCCUACCCUCCCUCAGGGAGAGUUUCCUGCUUGCGAUGACGUUGAGACGGAGCACAUGGCAGACUUCGCAGUGAAGCACAUCAACUCAAAAAAUAACCACGGGUACAAGUACGCCCUAAACAGGAUCGAGAAGGUCAAGGUUCUCCCUCGGAGGCCAUUUGGGAAGAUAGCCUUUCUUGAGUUGGACUUAUUGGAGACUGAGUGCCAUGUGUCGAACCCACUGCCUGCUGAAAAUUGUACCAUAAGGCCACAGACACAGCAUGCUGUUGAAGGGGACUGCGACGUCAAACUCCUCAUUUUGGAUGGAGCCUACAAAGUGCUGUCUAGCAAAUGCCACUCUACUCCAGGUUCAGUUGAAGAUAUUAUCAAUGUUUGCCCUGAUUGUAACCCUUUGUCACAACUGGAUGACCCUAAGUUGAAGGAGGCAGCUAAUUCUGGGCUCGCCAAGUUCAAUGCUGAAAAUGUCAAUGGAAGCCACUACCAGCUCAUUGAGCUUUCAAGAGGGUUUACCUCCCAUAUGCCUCUAGGUACACAUGUGGAGUUUGCAAUUGCUGCCACUAACUGCACAAGGCAACAAGCCCAAGACCCUGCAGAACACUGCCACGUGGCAACAGAUGAGCAUGCGCGUAAUGGGUUUUGCAAGGCAUCCGUUAUCCAGUUGCCUCCUGUUCCUGUUCUUGGUGGUGAGCCCAUUCCACCUGCAGAGGAGAUCACCCUAGAUUGUGCUUUAUAUGAUCACCAGGCCGGCGGUUCCCAUUUCAUCGAGCAUUUCAUGUAUCAUCUUGGGAAGAACAUCCCUUCCCCUGGAACUGGCCGCAGGGUCCUUGACCUCAUCCAUUCGCACAACGACACGCACGCAUCCCAUGAAUCUCACUCUGCCGAAGCUCCAGCCGUCGCGGCAGCAAAGCCUGUCGUCAAGAGAGCGGUGGAAGCUGUGCCACUCCCAGCACUUUUGCUACAAUUAUGCCCAGGGAGGAUUCGCCACUUUAAGAUAUAGGAGAGCCUGAUAGAAACUACGGGAGCUGCCCAGUCAAUGAAAUUCCUUUGUAUAUUCUCCCAAACCUGAACUCACAUUCUUGCAGCAAAAUAGUGAUAAUUUCUCUCUCACACACACAUCCCCCCUAAAAGCCAAGCCUGUCCUAAGAAAGGCUGUGAGUAUUGUGUCAGCCUGCUUUCUACCUGUGCAGAUUUUGGUGCUUCUGACAGAUCCUGCAUCUUCUAGCUUCCCUGCUAUCUUUAGUUUCUGCCUCCUUUAGACAGAUGCAAGGUGGAAAACAAGGACUCCAUGCUUGGUGGAAAACUCAGGGGCAGGAGGGGCAGUAUUAGGGUGGGGCUUCUGUCCUGUGUGUCAUUCCUUGUCCCUCCCCUUGAUGGGUGGCAGAAGCAGGAUCAGUUGUGCAAAUUGCAUAACAAUUUGCUAAUCUGCAUACUCUACUAUUCAGCUAACAGAUUCAUGGCACUCUCGGGUGGAAAAGCAGGUGUGGUUUGGGGUGUUUCUCCUUUCAAAAGGGAAGAAUACACACAGCACUGGACAGAAGGGACCGCAGUGAUAUAUGAGGUGUAUUCUCUAGGAAUUACUGUUCUUUCCUUCCCUGGUGUCCAAAAUUGCAGUGCUACAUUAUGGAGACCGUGCUGGAAAAUGCAUAUGCUAACAAUAUGCAAACCAAAACAAAGGUGCUUCCAAAAUAAAACACGAAACUCAAAAUGC